ACUCAGUACUUGGGCAUAUUCGAGACUGGCGGCAAAUCGUUCGCGCGUGGCGUCGUUCUUCGUUCGUGGCGUUUCAGACGGUCUAACGUAUACGGGACGAAAUGGCGAUGGCAACGAGUCAAGUCAAGGGCAGUGGAUGGCCGAGGCGGGCGAGUAAUAGCUCUUUCGAGGGGAAAGUGGUGCAGAAUCAAUCUGUGACCAUCAACAGAACUGUCAAUCUUGCAGUCCCCGUGCAACUAAAAAGAACAGGCCUCAUAUAUCCUUUGACAAACUAUACAUUUGGAACAAAAGAGCCACUCUUCGAGAAAGAUCCGUCAGUACCAGCAAGGUUUCAGCGCAUGAGAGAUGAAUUCGACAAGAUCGGCAUGCGGAGAAGCGUAGAAGGUGUCUUACUGGUGCACGAACACGGAUUGCCGCACGUUCUUCUUCUCCAACUCGGCACGACAUUCUUCAAAUUACCUGGUGGAGAACUCAAUACAGGAGAAGACGAGGUAGAGGGCCUAAAACGGCUCCUUACAGAGACCUUCGGACGACAGGAUGGGGUGAAGCAGGAAUGGGUUAUAGAAGAUACGAUUGGCAAUUGGUGGCGUCCAAACUUUGAGCCGCCUCAAUAUCCAUAUGUACCACCUCACAUUACAAAACCAAAAGAACACAAGAGAUUAUUCCUUGUACAAUUGCAGGAAAAAGCUCUUUUUGCUGUUCCGAAGAAUUACAAAUUAGUUGCUGCACCAUUAUUUGAAUUAUAUGAUAAUUCACAAGGAUAUGGACCCAUAAUUUCAUCUUUGCCACAGUCAUUGUGCAGAUUUAAUUUUAUCUACAUGUAAAACAGUUAUAUAAGAUCAACAAUACCAGACUUAGAUUAUGAGGAUUAUUUUAAGAAUAGUUAUGUAUGUGUAUGUAUGAGAAGAUGAAUGAUUUGAGAAAUUCUAUUAUACGUACAAAUAUAUGUUGUAUGUACAAAUAUAUUGUAUGUACAAUUUAUGGCAGAUCAUAAAUUAAAUCAUUUUUCAAAUAGUA